CGUCCAUCUUAAUCCGUUAACCUUGGAACUCUUCAGCUCAGGAACCGCCUCCAAUCAAAUAGAGCUCGUUUGUACUUCAAACGGUUUUCCCAAUCAUCUCGCAUCAACUGCAUCAACUGCAUCAACUGCAUCUCUAGGUGAUUGAUGCCACAUUAAUCCACUAAUGCAUGUGAACCUUGAAGAAUACUUCUUUCUUCUUUGACCUUUCUGUUCCCUUUCUGAGACCUUUGCAGAAAUUUUAAUAUAAUUUUUUCAGAGCUGUCGGUGCCUGAUUUACUGACAGCAUAUUUUUUUGGAAAUUCCAUUGUCAGAUAGACAUUAGCUACGGCAUUGGCCUUCCUAAUUUCUGCCGAGUUACCCGCAAGCAUGGCUCCCCCAUCCGAGCAGCCAACGCCUCAGCGGCCAACCCCUAUUCCGAGGCAUGCUGAAAACGAAAUGCCUUCGGCAAACGAGCUUAUGGAAAUAGGGAAAAAAUCAUUACAAACAGGGGCCUUGACAGGCGGAAUUGGUUUGGUAGUAGGAGCCGGUUCCGGCAUUGUACGAUCGGCGCCACCGGCGUUAUUUGCCUUGUUUGCCGGUCUCCAGUGGUUUGCUCUUGGAUCUAGUUAUAUGGCUUCGAGGAGUCUUCUUUGGCAUGCUUGGGGUGGUGAAGAAAAUCUAUCCCGGUCAGGCCUAGUGGCGGCCAGCGGAAUAGCUGGUGGCGUGUCUGGCAUGGUUGGGGGAAUGUUUCGAGGACCUAGAAACAUCAUACCCGGGAUCCUAGUCUUUGGCACUCUCGGAACUACCAGCACAUACAUAACUCAGGUCUAUAAAACCACCUUCAGAGCUAACGAAUCCAAGCCUAAGUCAGGUUGGCUUGAUUCGAAAUACAGUCCUCUGCAACGGCUUUCCGACAGGGAUUAUGAAGAAAAGCUCGAAGAGAAAAUCCUCAGGAUCGACGCUGAGAUUUCUCUCAUAGAUGACAGCAUUGCCUCACUUCGAGCAUCAAACAACGACUCAACCAAGUCCAAUGAAGAAAAACGGUAACUAAACAGCCAUAGUAUUUCAAAAAAUCAUGACACCACUUUCCUCGGAGUUAUAAUGUUACUCGUAUUGGGGUGUGGCCCGCCGUGUGUAACAAUACACAACUUUUUGGCGUUCGGAUCUUCGGGGCUCGCGGAGGUGAGUAUGUGGCGAUAUGUCGCCAGACCUGAGAAAUCAGAAGUGGCUGGCUUGAGUUGCUUUUCAUGUGAGAAUGAGCACCUAGUAUAAUUUUACUGAUUCUCCGAAGUCAAACCAACUCUACCCACCUAGGUAAGUACAUUAGCUCCCUUUAAUGAUAAAAAUAUCGGCCUAGUCAUCACAAAUAAAGGGGAGUGGACUUUAAAU